AUGGAGUUCGAAUUUAGGUCCUGUACUGUUCAAGACGGCCAAUUUGAGGAUGCCGAAGAAGACGAAAGUGUAGUACCGAACUCACUGACUCAUUAUAUUUCUCAUGAACCCAUCGGGAAAGAAGUACAGGAGCUGGACAAACAUCAAAAUGGCGAAUCGAUAGACCACGUGAAAUCUUCUUCAGAAGACAGCGACGAUGAAGAUUUUGAUGGAUGGGAUUGGGAAGACGAGACAGGGGAUUUUACGAAACGUUAUAACGCAUCAAAGUCAGAAGUUCAUGUUUCGAAUACCACAGGUAAACGCCAGUCUUCUUUACAACCGAACGAAAAAUCGUUUGCAAAAUUUGGCAAUCGAAUUAAAGUGGAGAAGUACGAGGGACCGAAAUUAUCCAACAAAGCCGCGAAUGUUCUGAUCCAAGCCAAUAAGAAGCUUGAAAAUGACAGAGUGCGUGCUAAAGAUAAGGCAGACAGGGCCACUGUUGAACAAGUUAUGGAUCCUCGAACAAGAAUGAUUCUGUUCAAAAUCCUAAACAAAGGAGUUAUCAGUGAAAUAAAUGGCUGCAUCAGCACUGGAAAAGAGGCAAAUGUAUAUCACAGUACGAAUUCAAAUGGUGACGAGAGGGCAGUGAAGGUUUACAAGACGUCCAUUCUUAUCUUUAAGGACAGGGAUAGAUAUGUGACUGGCGAAUUCAGAUUCCGUCAUGGAUAUUGCAAACACAACCCCCGAAAGAUGGUUAAGACCUGGGCGGAGAAGGAAAUGCGAAACCUUACGCGAAUGUUCAAUGCGGAUAUCCCUUGCCCAGAACCGAUCAUUCUUCGCAGUCAUGUUCUCGUCAUGAGCUUCAUUGGGGUGGAUGGCUGGCCAGCUCCUCUACUCAAGGAUGUCACGUUGUCGGAAUCUAAAGCUAGAGAACUGUACCUCCAGUGCAUUCAGAUCGUACGAAACAUCUACUGGAAAUGCCGUCUUGUUCACGCCGAUCUGAGCGAGUUUAACAUGUUAUACAGUGGAGAUCAGCUGUAUGUGAUUGAUGUUUCGCAGUCUGUGGAGCACGAUCAUCCACACGCCUUAGAAUUCUUACGAAAAGACUGUACAAAUGUUACCGACUUCUUUAAGAAGAAUGGAGUCUGUGUCAUGAAUGUUCGCGAGCUAUUCGACUUUGUAACAGAUCCCACCCUGAAUGACGACAAUGUGGACAACUAUCUUGAGAGAGCACAAGCGAUCGCAGCUAAUCGUGGAGUUGAGGAAGAAACCCCUGAAGAGACAGUGAAGGAAGAAGUGUUUAAGAAAGCUUACAUUCCCCGAACGCUCGAACAAGUUGUAGACUUUGAGAAAGAUGCGCAGAGAGUCAAAGAAGGACAAGCAGAAGAAAUUUUGUACUCAACUCUAACCGGCCUGAAAUCUGACCUAACAGGAGUGCUGGCGCAUCCUGAACUCCUCACAAAUCAACCAGAAAAUCAAGGAGACAAUGAACAUCUUUGUGUUGACAAACUGGACAUCAUGAAUGUUGAUGACGAUGCUAGUUCUGAAGAUGAGGCCUUCAGUGCUGACGAAAAUGAUACAGAGAAAGGAAAGAAUUUACACAAGGAAGGCACAGGUAUGAGCAAAAAGGAGCACAAAAAACUUGUUAAAGAAGCAAACAGAGAAAGGAGACAGAACAAAACACCCAAACAUGUCAAGAAAAGGAAAGAGAAGUUAGCGAAGACAAAAAGAGGAAGAAAUAAUUGA